UUAUAAAGACGAUAGUUUCUGUGAUUUUUAUUAUCGAAAGUUUUAGCACAAUGAUUUUGGAAAAUAAAAAUCCAUCUUUAAAGCACACAGUUAUUUCAAUUUACUUUGCUGUUCUGGAGAAUAUAAUAUUUUUGGUUGAGAAUCAAUUUUAUUAUAGUUUGGUGUUUUGCAAUUACAUGUUUGAACUUUUGAAUGACCAUAUCAAUACAGUGACUAACAAAAUUCUUUCACUCAAGAUCAAAUUGUAUCGAAGAGAUGUUACUGAAAUUCUUAUUGUACGUAAAGGAUUCAACCUUCAACGGGAACUUGAACUUAUAGGAAAAAUGCAUACUCAGCUUUUUGAUCUUGUUCAUACCGCUAGAAGUCUAUUUCAGUUUCAAAUAUUGACGGUAAUUGUAACGGUAUUUGUGACUCAGGUAUCACUUUGUUUUCGAAUUAUUUCGUACUUUCGAAAAAAUCAACUUGAUUUGCCAAUGGAGUUUUUCUACGUUGAAGGAUCUAGAAUUUGUUUGAGUGUUGGAAGUUUUUGGUUACUGUGUUAUAUAAGCGGUUCGGUUGUUUGUCAAUGUAAUAUGGGUGGAGAACUUGUUAAAAUUCUUACUUCGAAACAUCAUUUGGGUAUUGCUAUGGAAAAUCAAAUCGAAAUUCUAACAUUUCAAUUCAAAAGAGAAAAAUUACGAUUGAGUCUUUGUGGAUUGUUUGAUCUUAGUUGGGGAACAGCAUUUGAUAUGGUUAGCGUUUCGGUGAUGUACUUACUACUUUUAUUGCAGUUGGAUUAUAAGAAUUUAUAGAUUUCUAAUAAA